UCAGAGGCCUCAUUUGCGUGCGGCCUCUAUAAGUAGCCGGUCGUGCCGCGCGCUCCGUCCUGGUCGGUCACUCUUGCGCUCCGGCUCGUGGGUCCUAGGUGUCCGUCGCUGUUGCCGCCAUGCCUGAGCCCGCCAAGUCUGCCCCCGCGCCCAAGAAGGGCUCGAAGAAGGCGGUGACGAAGGCGCAGAAGAAGGACGGCAAGAAGCGCAAGCGCAGCCGCAAGGAGAGCUACUCGGUGUACGUGUACAAGGUGCUGAAGCAGGUGCACCCCGACACGGGCAUCUCGUCCAAGGCCAUGGGCAUCAUGAACUCGUUCGUGAACGACAUCUUCGAGCGCAUCGCGGGCGAGGCGUCGCGCCUGGCGCACUACAACAAGCGCUCGACCAUCACGUCGCGGGAGAUCCAGACGGCCGUGCGCCUGCUGCUGCCCGGGGAGCUGGCCAAGCACGCCGUGUCCGAGGGCACCAAGGCCGUCACCAAGUACACCAGCUCCAAGUAGACGUUUUGCUGCCGCCUCCGCCGCACCGCUUCCCACCAAAGGCUCUUUUCAGAGCCACCUACCUUGUCACUAAAAAGGCUGUCUAUCCUCUCUACUGGUAGUAAGGUUUUGGGCGGGAUGUGGCUUGCUUGGUGGGCAAUACGGAGACUUUUCAGGCUUGGAAAUUGCCGCGUAUCUUGAAGGCGGUUCGCCCUGUGUUUGGCCUUGUAGUUGGGAUGUUGGACUUUGACCUCAUUUUCUGAACUUCAAGGUUAAUCAAAGGCUGGUGGAAAGCCAUUGAACCGCGGUAGUGGUGCCUUUUAUACACAAGACCUCGUAGCCUCUUUGCAGAUGUUUGUAGAAAAUUGAAUACUGGAGCAAUCAGGAACCUCGGUCUAGUUAUGAAAUUUUCCAAGAGAAGACAACCAGCUCUUCAUUUUUAAAUAAUUACAUAAUACUGCUUAAUGAGACUGGCAAACUGCAGGCAGUUUGAAGCUCAAGGGUUGGUUUUCUGUUCUUAUUCGUGGUGCCCUAUGGUUUUCGUAAAUUACCUCUCAACCUAAGCCUGUGUAAUUGCAAUAAAUUCACCGGUUCAGUAAUGCAA